AUGGAACCUAACAUCUGUACCCACCGAUAUCACGCGAUCCAGACGAAUCUUCAGAGGUGUGAACUAGCCACGGCCGAAUUAAUAACAGAGGAGACCAAGCGAGGGAUAUCCUUCGCUUUGGUUCAAGAGCCCUAUAUCGGUCGAAUUGGUCAAAUGAAGAGCUACUCGGGGACGAGAAUAGCACAAAGCGACAGAUGCCAGAACACUGAAAAAGUGGUUAAGGCAGCUAUUGUGCUAUUCAAUGACGCCAUCGACAUGACCCAAUGCCCCGGCCUAACAACAGAAAAUAUCGCAGUCGCUAAGCUGAGUACCGGGGCAUGGGACUUGGGGGUGGUGUCCGUCUACCUAGAGGGCGAUACACCAAUCGACCCUUAUUUAGAAAUGAUCGAUGCGGCCGUGGUGGGUCUAAGGACAAGACACGUGAUACUCGGUGGGGACGUAAAUGCAUGGAACACCUGGUGGGGAAGCCGAAAAACAAACAGCAGAGGAAUAGAGGUCGCCGCAAAGCUUGACCAAUUAGAACUUCAUAUUCUGAACAGGGGGGCUGAGCCCACUUUUGACACCUAUAGAGGUGGGAAGAGGUUCUCCAGCUGCGUGGAUUUAACUACGUGCUCGACUAGCCUACUCGGGAGGGUGGACGACUGGAGACUAUCCGACGAAAUAACCAGUUCGGACCACAGGGCAAUCCUAUUUGACAUCAAUUUAGGAAAAUCAAUAGGCACCAAUAUAAAAAGAAGUACUAGGCAAUAUAAUACAAAAAAGGCGAAUUGGGGCGAGUUUCGUGAGAAACUCGUCCAAAUUUGGAAUGAGGAAAGAAUAAAUAAAGAAGAAAUAGAUAAAAUAACAACAACGGACGAACUAGAAAUAAAAAUAGAACAGUACAUAAAUUCAGUAACAGAAGCAUGUAGAAACAGUAUCCCAAAAUUAAAAACUAAAAAACAAAUGGGAUUGCCCUGGUGGACUCAUGAACUAACACAACGUAAAAAGGAGGUCUCCAGGUUGAAGCGGCGUAUUUCAUACGCAGCGCCAGUCCGUCGCGGGUGGGUGGUCGAGCAAUAUAUGAGAGCGAAAGAAGAAUAUCAUCAAGAAGUAAAAAGAGCUCAGACCACCAGCUGGAAGGACUUCUGUUGUAAGCAAGACCGAGAAACAAUGUGGGACGGUAUAUAUAGGGUUAUAAGUCGCACAUUGACACGGCAAGAAGAUGUUCCACUUGUUCAGGACGGGAGGACGCUAGACGGCGAGGAAUCGGCUAGGAUAUUGGCGGAAACCUUUUAUCCACAGGAUAGCACUGAAGACGACGACACGGAACACACGCAAAUAAGAGCUACAGCGGAAACUGUAAACGAAGGGUCACAUGAUAGUCCAUGUGACCCACCAUUUACAACAGAAGAGCUUAUGUGGGCCGUGUCUAGCUUCAGUGCAAAAAAGGCACCCGGUGACGAUGGGCUAACAGCAGACAUUUGUGAAGCGGCCGUCACCUUGGACUUAGCAUUGUUCCUGGCACUAGUAAACAGAUGCCUCAGUCUUGCAUACUUCCCCAUCAAGUGGAAAAGGGCAGUAGUUGUAGUAUUGAGAAAGCCUGGCAAAGAAAAUUACGCACACCCUAAAUCCUACAGGCCGAUUGGGCUUUUGCCUGUACUGGGGAAAAUUUAUGAAAAAAUGUUAAUCCGCAGAAUAAAGUGGCACAUCGUUCCGAAGAUAAGCCGGAACCAGUACGGCUUUAUGCCACAACGCAGCACGGAGGACUCCCUCUAUGACAUGAUGCAGUUUAUUAAGGCAAAACUGAAAGACAGAAAGUUGAUUCUGCUUAUAUCAUUGGACAUAGAGGGAGCCUUCGAUAACGCAUGGUGGCCGGCGAUACGGUGUAGGCUCGCGGAGAUUGGGUGUCCGGUAAAUCUGAGGCAGGUAGUAGAUAGCUAUCUUAAAGAUAGAACGGUGUGCCUCAGAUAUGCCGGGGCCGAAUAUUUAAGAAAGACCACUAAAGGGUGUGUGCAAGGCUCGAUCGGGGGUCCAAUUUUUUGGAAUAUUCUUCUGGAUCCACUCCUGAGGGAGUUAAGUGCAAAAGGGUCCCGUUGCCAGGCUUUUGCGGACGACGUGGUCCUGAUGUUCUCCGGGGAUACGGCACAACAGGUGCAGGAGCUGGCCAAUGAAAUUCUCGAACAUGUCCGGAGGUGGGGAGUCGGUAAUAAGCUUAGUUUUGCGCCUCAUAAAACUAAAGCUAUGGUCGUAACAAAUAAGCUCAAGUAUGACUCACCACUUCUGGAGAUGGGCGGGAAGGACAUUGAGCUCUCCAAAGAAAUCAAAAUACUCGGCCUCACAGUUGACGACAAGCUUACCUUUAAUACACACAUCAAUAAAACAUGUUGUAAAGUUCAAAACAUAUAUCGUCAACUGUCGAGAGCUGCAAAGAUACAUUGGGGCCUGAACCCGGAGAUCAUUAGGACCAUCUAUAUUGCAGUAGUUGAGCCGAUAGUCAUGUAUGCGGCCAGCGUAUGGGCAUCAGCAGCCAAUAAACAUAAGGUAAAGAAACAACUUGAUAUGGUGCAACGCGGGUUUGUGCAAAAAGUUAUAAAAUCUUAUAGGACAGUUUCUCUACACUCGGCCCUACUACUCGCCGGGUUACUUCCGUUGGACCUUAGGGUCCAGGAAGCAGCCCUCCUUUAUGAAAUAAAGAAGGGCUUCUCCCGGCGGAUAGUGGGUGACCGAGAUGUGGAGACCAAAAUUGAAUACUCCAAGACUACACAUCCCGCGAAACAGCCCGGAUUGAAAUUUACAAAUCUUCAUUUCUUUCGCUCUUUUUGCUUCAAUUAG